CACAACCAUAAUACAACACCGGCUCAUCUCGGAGACCACUGCGAAUAAUCACAUAAACCGCUUAAUGAAACAAUAACAGCAAGCGUUGGACUACGCCUUCCAGAUCUGGGGAUAUCUUCAUAUUGUCCCUAGCGCGGGGCGGCUUAUCGAUACGGAAAUGAAAAGACGACGCAAUCCCACCUCACUUUUCGCUCUCCUUUUGAGCUGCGUCAUCCGGAGUGAUCUAGCUUUAGGAUUUGGAACUAUCAAUGAGCCGGAAGUAGUCGGCCAGCACUGCGAACAUGAGCGGAUCACUCGGGCAGCAUUUGCUUGUCCACCAGGUGUCACGACAUCAGAUGGACGAUGCUUCGAAGAGCUGAGCCUCCACCAGUUGGCCGGAAGGUCAGGGCCAGAGGGUCAUGUAGGCUGGGGCACGAAUGGAGCUGUUGGUGCUCCUGAUAUGCUGGACCCAACGCCGGAGGGUCCAGAGGCUCAUUGCGACAACGCCGAUUUCCUCGACACGGAGGCACACGGCCUUAAGGGUGAGUAUCCACGCACGCGCGAGGAAGCAACCGCACAACUUCAGGUUUGCACAAAUCAUAUGCGCCUGAGGUUCCUCGAAGGUGUCGAUGCUGCGGACAGGAUCGUGGAUCAUCAUGCCCGAAUCGUUGUACCCGAAGUCGAUAUAUCGGGCAGUGAUUGCCGCUUCUCAUUCCCCGAGCUCCAGAUGCAUUGGUUCUCCAGAGGGAAGUGCUCUGCUAUUGAGGGCUUUGGGCGAGCUCUACACGGUAUCCAGGAUUUCUAUGCACACAGUAACUGGGCAGAUGAAGCGAAGCCGCCUUAUGGGCUGUCAAACCCACCAGGUCUGAAGAUGAACAAGAUUCCUGUGUUUCUUGAUCUACGCGCAGAGAAUAAUAUCACUGACCAGGUGCCCCAUGACCUGUCCACAGGCUGCUUCGGCGGCAUCAUGACCGAUGGUCCAGAAGGCAAGGCAGGACAUCCUUUAGAACCUGGCUCCCUCGAUUGUACCGGACGUGUCACUCACCACACGCUCAACAAAGACAACGGAAUCAUCGACUAUAUCACUGGGAAGACCACCAAGCCCGGCCCAAAUACUCCACGCAGCGAUAUACCUGGCAACUUUGAGCGAGCGGUCAGUGCCGCCAUCAAAGACUCCAGGCGGCAGUGGCGCUACUUCCGUGAGCAGAUCCGCAGGACAUACGGAAAGGAGAGGGGCAACAUCAUCAUCUGCGCCUUGAUUCGCGAUAAUCCAACACACGACUGCUAUGGACGCCGAGUUGCAAUGCUUCAAGAUGCGCUGCGCAAUACGAGUAGAAUAGCCGAGAUGCAGAUACCCAUACAGGCCUGGCUCCUGCAGGAAAUCGAAGGAACCGCCCACGACGAGGGGCCCGGAGAAGGUCUGACAGCUGAAAACUCCACAAAGAGCCUUGGCUCGAGCGGAGAGCUGGGGGACGAAGAGACUGAUGAUAAGGGACAUUUUGUGAAGAAAUUGCAACAUCCCCCACACGAAGGUCUCGAUGUUGGUGUCGCAUUGAAAGCCCUCCGGCACAACGCAACUAUCUUCCCUACCAACAAAACCGCCAUCAUCGCGCUAACCAAGACGCGCAACAAGAACCUCGACGAGCAAAUCGCGCACGUAUGGCACGCCGGCGACGAAGGCAUCCGUGUGCAUUUCGGGCUCCUUCCACCGCCACGCUCUCCCUCAGACGAAUCCGACGCCACCCACGAAGACGCCGCCCUGACCAAGGCCAAAGAACAGGAUCUCAUCACAGGCGUUCUGCGCACGGGCGGUACCUACAGCAUCCUCCAUAAUGAGGAUGCCGUCCCCAGCUUUCUCGACCACGUCGUUUCGCGCGGCCUCACCCAGUACGACAACGCUCGAGACACGGCGACACUCCUCGCCGCCGGGCUCUCCAUCAGCGACUACGUGACGCCCGAGUCCGAGCCGCGCCGCUUCUCGUUCGACGCUUCGGAGCUCGACAACGCUAUUAUCUCUGUGCAUCCCAUCACGCCUAAGCUCUCGCUGCACGUGUGCAUGCGGCAUGUGCGCAGGAACGUGGUGCUCAAGGAACUAGAUAUCGGCCUCGAUGGGAACGCGACGUUUAGGGCUGAGCUGGGGAUCGGGGAUGUGCCGAGGACGGAUGCGUGGUUUGAGCUGGAGGUUGCGCAUGUAGAGGGAGGCGGGCUGGUGGGAAGUGGGCUGUUCGAAGUUAGCAUUGCGACGGAGGACGUGGAGAGGUAUCAUUCUUCUAAGGCGGUUGGCGAGGCUGUGGAGACAGGCGUUGCGCCGAAACACAAUGAAUUAUAGAUGUUUACAAUGUUAGAUAAGACAUCUUGAGAGGUGGUGGCGGCACGGUUUUGUCUCGAGUUCUCACGGUAAUGGAAGGGGGAUUUAACGCUCUAUGGUUUUGCAAUAUUUUUUCAACCUGCCGUCUACGUCUCUUCUCUUCUCAGCAUUUGAAGUUGCCGUCAGGGUGGAAGU